CCUUUAUCAGGUAAUAAAUUAAAUUCCCUGAUCUACCACUGAGUAUUAAUACCUGUUGAACAUUACGCAUUAAUUUUGUUUCUGCUCUAUAUAUCAGGUUACAUUAACAGUCAUCCCAAUAAUAGUAGGUAUAGGUCCACAAGGUAUCAGUUAGCUAUACAAACAUGCAAGUACUGUAAUUAACACUGAAAGCUAUACGUAAAUUUUAAUUAAGCUGCAAAAAUUUUAGACAGCUUCAUUUUGUAUAAUUAUAGCAAAUUACGCUUCACAGGCUUCCCCACCCACUCAGGCAUGAUCUGAUGUACACACAUUUAAUAGCUAGAUCUACAUGUGGUACAGUACCUGGAAUUAAACACCAUGCUGUCAUGGCUGGUGUACAUCCUUGCUUUCCUGAUUGGCCUUGUUCAGACCCCCCUCAUUGUGGACCUCCUGCGUCUGCUCCUACCACGAUGGAACAUCAAGAGGCUUACCAACCAAACUGCAAGCACUCUCCUAAUCGUGCUCAUGGCCAUUUUUGCAAUCACUGGUUUGGGGUUCCAAGUUGUCUAUUUUAUACCUCUCUUUCCUAACGUCCCCUUUCGAAACUUUAAGAUUGUCUGUCACAGUGGGUUUGCCUACUGGGUAUGGGGAAAUAUGGUCGUUAACUAUUGUAUGGCAGUGUUCGCACAUGCAGGCAGUGUAGUAAUCUCUGAAACCAAAAGUGAAAAUAACGAUGUGUCACCGAAGAAAGGCCAAGGCAAUAAGAAUGAUCCUGAUCGCCCAACAGACUGUGUGGAUACACAAGACCAAAUUGGGACUAAAAAACAUCGCUAUUGUAAGAAGUGUCAGGCUGUAACUUCGUACAUGGAUCAUCACUGUCCCUUUACCGGAAAUUGCGUUGGCCUCAAUACAUACGCACACUUUUUCUUGACUCUGUGCUAUGGGUCAAUUGGGCUCGGAUAUUCUCUGACCAUGAGUUGCUUCUAUUUUGGGGACUGUCUCUUCCCGAAUGUUUGGUCGAGGUUGCAACUGGACCCUUUAGAUACAGAUUCACUGGAAAUGCUCGGACCUUUGGUCGAACUUUUCAUGCCUACUGUUGGUGGUUUCAUUGUGCUCAAUACGAUAAUUGGAUUUCAUGUCUUUCUACUGCUAUCGGAUAUGACUACAUUUGAUGUAUUAAAUAACUUUUGGAAAGCACCUGUGUUUAAGAUCGGCUACCAGAGAUUUUUGGAUAAGAAAUAUGUUAAAAAAGAAAGUCGAUUGAAUGUACUUUUGCUCUCAAAGCGAAGAAGUCCCAUUUGGUUUUUGAUACCUGUCAGAAACAUAUGACACGUACUGUACGUAUAGUUAAAUUGUAAAUCAUAAAUUAUUAAUCAUUGCAAUUAAUUUUUGUAUGUUCAGUUGAAUCAUAAUUCUCAAUAUA